GUCGAGAUGAAGCAGGGUCAUUCUCUUGGGCAGAGGAGCUUCAGUGAAUUCAGAUACCGAGUCGAAGUAAAUGGAGUUGAAGUCGAGCCAGCUGGCCUCGUCAAGGGUGAGCCGAAUCGUGUUUCAACCACUCGUUUCACUGUCCUGACUUGGCUUCCCAAGUCCCUAUUUUUGCAGUUUCAGCGGGUUGCCAAUAUCUAUUUUUUAUUCAUAGCAGUUAUUGUUUGCAUGCCUUUCUCAACCAAACGGUGGCAGAGCAAAGUCUUUCCUUACUUGUUGGUAUUGGCAUGGACCGCCCUGAAAGACCUGUACGAAGACAUGCAACGAAGAAAGGAUAAUCGCAUGGAGAACGCAAGAAGCUGUUGGCGCUUUAAUUGGGAACUGAAAGAGUUUGAGCUAAUUGCAUGGCGACUUGUAAAACCAGGUGACUUUGUGUGCACUCUAUGCGAUGAAGCUUUCCCUGCAGAUUUGCUGGUGUUGUCUGCUGCAGAUGGGCAUGCCUUUGUCUCAACUGUCAAUCUGGACGGCGAGACAAAUCUCAAGCUGCGGACAGCUCCGAAAGUUUUCAGCUCCCUCCAGAUGAAGAAUGAGGGAGCGAGUUUGAGUGCUGUUCCAUCAGAAUUGGCUUCCCUUGUAUCCGAAGUUUGCAGACAGCAGCUGCAUGUUCGUUUGGCAACCCCAUGUGCAGAUCUUGCAGAGAUGAAUGCAUUAGUGUCUUUCGCUGGUACAGAAGAUGUAGGCAGCAUUGACUAUGCGGCUUGCGAUAGCUUUGCACCACGUGGGUGUGUGUUGAGAAAUACAUCUUGGUUGCUUUCAAUCGCAGCAUAUACAGGUAUACACACCAAGCAGUGUUUAAACUCCGCAAAGGUUUCUGGAAAGGUUUCCAACAUGCAAGCUCUUUUGAACCGAUGUGUCUAUGGACUUUUGGCCUUUUUGAUCCUUACAUGUUGCUAUUUGGCGACAGCUGCGAAAAGCAUGUCUGUCCACACGAAUUGGCCGGAGCGCUUUCUUGCUUAUACAAUCACGCUGUACCAUGUUGUUCCAAUUUCACUCUACGUUGCGUUCGAAGUCCUCAAAUUGAUACUUGGGCGCUUUAUUGACAGUGAUCAACAAAUGGUUGACAAGGCAGGCAUUGGGGCAAAAGCUCGAACAGCAGAUUUGGUGGAGGAACUUGGUCAGAUAGAUUUUAUCUUUUCUGAUAAGACGGGUACGCUGACAGCCAAUGAGAUGCGCUUUGCCCGCUGUGCAGUGGGAGACGUGGUUUUUGGUCCCUUUAUCGCGGACCCACUGGGAGGACCAGUUCUCGGCCAACUUCAGGUCAAAGACAUCCUGGGUGAGCCAAGCGAACCAAGCGAGCAAAGCUUCGCUCAGAAUGUGUUGUGGUUCUUCAUUUGCAUUUCUGUUUGCCACACAGUACAGGUGAACUCGAAAGACAUGCAAUACUCGGGACCGUCACCUGAUGAGGUGGCCCUAGUUGAAGGGGCAAAUUCUGUUGGGGUGUCCUUGAAGAGUCGAAGGAAGACCGAACUUCAAAAAGAAGAGAUUGUGGUCUGCGCUCCAAGUAUUGGAAGUGGAGAAAACCGUGGAAAGGGCCGAGUAACGGACCAUGUUUUUGUUGUUCUACACACCAUUGAAUUUUCAGCUGAGAGGAAGAGGAUGUCUGUUCUAUGUCAGCACGAAGGUGUGAUUCAUUGUAUCACCAAAGGUGCAGACAUCGCUUUGGCUACGGUGCUGACAAGCAAGCUUGGUGCCAAGGAAGAAGACCACUUGCGCUUCUUCUCCGAAAUGGGUCUUCGGACCCUUGUGGUUGCUUCCAAAACAGUUGAUCCUUCCGCAUUUGCUUCGUGGGAAAGCCAAUGGUUGACAGCAAAGGGAUCUCUUGAAAGUCGUACUGAGCGACUUGCUGAGUGCGGUGCUAUGAUUGAGAAGGAUUUGCAGCUCGUGGGCAUUUCAGCAGUGGAGGACCGAUUGCAAGAGGGUGUUCCAACCGCAAUCGCAAGACUCAAGGAUGCAGGCAUACGCUUGUGGGUUCUUACAGGUGAUAAGACCGAAACAGCUGUGGAUAUCGCUUACUCAUGCAACCUCUUCUCACAAGGCAUGGAACUCAUUUUCUUGACCAAUUCUGCUGAUGUGGCUGCUGCUUCAGAAAGGCUUGCCACAGCUGAGAAGAGUAUCAAAGGGGAUAGCAACUGCGGUUUGGUAAUUGAUGGCCGCACCUUGCAAUUUAUCCUUGAAGACCACGACAGCUCAACGACAUUUUACAAGCUAGCAAUGUCGAGCACAAGCUGCGUUUGCACCAGAUUCUCACCGUCACAAAAGCGUCGGCUUGUCGAUGAAGUCCGCAAGCGAGGCUCUUCCAUCACCUUGGCAAUUGGAGAUGGAGCCAAUGACGUACCGAUGAUUCUUGGAGCCCAUGUAGGUAUUGGCCUUCGGGGCAAGGAGGGCUCCCAAGCUGUUCAAGCUAGUGACAUUGCCAUAUCUCAGUUUGCAUUCUUGGUUCCACUCUUGCUGUGCCACGGGCGAAGGGCUUACAGACGGGUUGCAAGUUUUUUGUGUUACUAUUUCUACAAAAAUGUGGCUCUUGCUUUUGGUGACUUUAUUUGGGCUCACCAGAACUCAUUCUCCGGUGAAGUUGCAUAUCCUGAGUGGUUGUCAACCUCCUUCAACGCGGUCUUCACAUGGUGGCCAGUGAUAAUCGUUCUGGCUUUUGAUCAAGAUAUACCGGAUUCUAUCUCCAAUGCACAGCCCAGAAUCUACACGGAAGGCAUCAAACGUGAAUGGUUCAACAUACGCCUUUUUGCUUUGUGGAUGACGAGCGCAGCUUUUCAGGGAUCCUUGGCUUGGAUUUUGCCAAACUUUCUAUUCGGAAGCUUCGACUACGAAGCUGUUGAUUUUUGGCGUGCGUCGGCAACUUCUUUCACAAUGGUGAUCGUCAUUGUGGCUCUGAAGCUUGCUCUGCACGAUUUCAAGCGUUGCAGUCUGAGCUGCCUGCUCCCAAUCAUUGGAAGUAUUGCUUCCUAUAUCAUUGUUCUCUUCCUUUUGGGAUAUGUGCCAUUGGGCCAGCGGAUGCAGCCAAAUCUUGCAGGCGAUCCACCGGUGCCUGGUUGGAUCUUCAGCAAUGCAACCCCAAUCUUGGUCAUCGCCUUAGCGUCUCCACUAGCUCUGCUCCCUGAUGCGAUGGCUCUGCUGUGGGUGCGUAAAUUGCACCCAUCGCCGCUUUUUCAGAUCAGAUCAAAGAAUCUCUGACUCAGCAGGGCUAGAUUGGAAGCUGCAAAAG